UCCACUGUGCAAGGUCUCCAAUAAUCUUGCCACUAGCCAGUUUCCUAGGAGGAAAAUUGUUGCCCUUUCCCUGCUUCACUCUAUCUCCAGGCACUGCUUCUUGUUUCCUUGGCUCCUUCUCUUUGUUAUCCACCUUUCCUUUCUUUUGUUAUCCCCUUUAGAGUUCAACUUAUAUACAUCGCGAUAUAAAAAUAAAAAAUUAUACCAUCAAGUCAUUUUUACUUGUUAUGGUAGAUAAUUAUCCUAUUUUCAAGAUUUAUAGUAGAUUUUGAGGAGGCUUAUCUGUAAUUAGUAUAAAAUAUUAUUUAUACUGAAAAUAUAUAUAACUUAAACUCUUGUUAUAAAAAGAUUUAGCAUGGAAGUUAAAGGGUUAAUUACCGUAUUGGGAUUCCCCCCGGAAGGAAAACUCAUUGUCUUCUCUAUCACCAAAUUCAAAAGUAUCUUUAUUUGCCUCUAUAAUCUCAAAGAGUCACAGACCCCUCGUUUAUUAUUCAUUCUUGUGGCUUAAUCCAAAAACUAAUUAAGCAUCAAUGGAAGUCACAACAAGUCCUAAUUUAUCUGUUCAUAUAGAUGGCCAUAAUGACAUUUUCACGUGUGAUAUUCGUGCUGAUGAAAAAUCUACAAGUACUGACAUGUUCAAAAUUUUGGGCUGCAAUCAUUCUUAUUGCAAAAUUUGCAUGGCUAACUAUAUAACCUCAAAACUCAAAGAGAACAUCUCUCAAAUAUCGUGCCCCGGUAUGGAGUGUAACACACAAUUAGAACCGCAUAAUUGUCGUUUGAUUUUGCCUAAUGAUGUGUUCGAUAAGUGGGGAGACACGUUGUGUGAAUCAAUGAUUUUGGUGUCCGAGAAGUUUUAUUGUCCGUUUAAGGAUUGUUCAGCGAUUUUAAUUGAUGAAUGCCCGGGCGAAAAUAUGAUUAUUACUCAAUUGGAAUGCCCAGAAUGUAGAAGGUUGUUUUGUGCAAAGUGUAAAGUUCCUUGGCAUUCAGGAUUUGCGUGUGAAGAAUUUGAGAAGUUGAACAAGGAUGAAAGGGAAAUAGAAGGUAUACAACUUAUGCAACUUUCUGAGAAUCAAGAAUGGCAAAGAUGUCCAAGUUGUAGGAUGUAUGUUGGGAGAUCAGAAGGUUGUGCACAAAUGAGAUGCGGGUUCGUUUUUAGUCCAUGUGAUUUUUUUUCUAAAAUAUUCUAUUUGUCUUGGAAUUUUGUAGGGUGAAACAUUCUUAUCACCUUUGACUGAUUUGUGUAUAUAGGGCAAAGAAAAUUUUGCGACACAUUUUAGCACCUUUGAUGAUUUAUAUAUGUAGGGAAAAAAAAUCUUUUGUUGUGUCCGAGCAGUCUUAACGUCCUUAUUGAGAGUCAUUUUGUGAGACGUCUAACUAGUCGUCUAUGAGAGUCGCUCUGCUAGACGUCUAUCGUCCUCGUUGAGAGUCGCUUUGUGUAUAUAGGGCAAAAGAUCUUUCUUUUUCUUUUUUUCCG